UCCUUCCUUUGAUUUGAAAUUGUGCCUUGUGUUAGGCUGUUGUCUCACAACACACAUCAGAAUCACCUGGAAGACUCAUUAGAUCACCAGUCACUGGGUCUUGCCUCAGGGUUUCUGGUUCAGUAGGUCGGGGGUGAGACCAGGAAUUAUAAAGCAUUUCUUACAAGUUUCCAGGUGCUGCUGAUGCUGCUUGUCUGGGGCUCGAACUUUGAGAACCACUCUCCUGAGACAUGUUUUUCAGAGUGGUCUGAGGCUCCCUUGCUGCGACCUGCACCACAACACUUGGAGCAGGUGGUGCUUGUUAAAAUGCAGAUCCCCAGGCCCCAACCUAUUGAUUCCAUUUGGUGGGAUGGGAGAGAUGCAGAAAUGGUCUGGAGUCUGCAUUUUUCACACUGAAGUUUGUGAACCACCACUCCUGGGUGGGAUACAGGAAUUCUUGGUAUUUUAUCUGUCCAUGGCCUUAAUUUUUGUUAGCGUGGUCUCAUUUACUUCCCGGCCAGGGCCCUGCAUGACCUAUCUGAACUUGAAUAGCACUUGCAACCUUUGUCCAUCAGGCACACCGGUGGCCAUCUGUACUGAUGCGGAUUCAUCAUACCACCUCAGCAGCCGUCCCUGUGGGGAAACCUACACAGCCAUGAGUUUUCAGUGCUGAUUACAGUCCAUCUAAUCAGUCCCAGAUGGUGUCUCAACUCCUAAGGAACUCACGAUCUAAUGGGGAAACCAACACUGACUAGAGAACACGAUGGCAUAAAUCAGAUGCUCAGUUGUGACUUGUUAGGAGACACAGAAGGAUUCGAAAGGGGGGAAGGUUUCUUGUGAGUAGCUAGCUAGAAAGACAGGAUUGGUGCUCUAACUUGAAAGGUGAAUAGGACCUCAGAUGGCCCUGAAGUCCAAGAGCGGCCCUGGGCAGGCGGAAUGAUGAGAGUGAACGUGAGGUGAGAAGCUGCAGCCGAGCCCUCGGCGGCGAGGCUGGAGUGAGGCUCAGACUCCAACCCUGAGGGGCCUGGCUUCGUCGCUUUGUGCCUUUGUGCCUAAGUCAGUCUGCUCUGAGUAUCCAGAGACAGGUAGGGGGGAGAAUGGCCUCAAGAAUGAGCUGCUGGGAUGAUGGGAACAGAGAUGAGAACUUCUGCUACUUCAGCCAAGGGAGAUCCUGGGUAUGUUCGUACCAAUUCCCUUUGAAGUCCCUCAGGGUCUUCAGUGUAGAAUACUUGAGGUGCUAAGUAAGGUUUCAGAACUGGAAGAAUCGAAGCAGGCUAUUCAGCUUGCCUGUCCCCCCACCCCUCGAAAAGCCAAUUUCAGAAACUUCAAGAAUGCUUAAAAAGCCCACUAUAUAUAUAUAUAUUUCUACAAAGGCCUAAAAUUAGCAGUGCUUUAUUUUGGAUUAAGAAUUCCCUCCUGAUCCUCUUAAACCUUAGCACGGAAGAUGUAGCCGGAUGUUGGGAAGCGGGUGAGGAGGUGAGAUUAGUGAGGUGUUGGCUGCUCAGGCUUGCUUUCACCCACCCACAGGUGAUGCUUGUCUUCACUACUCUCCCCCACCUCCUCCUGAUUGGGAAAACCCUCUUUCCCCCAGCCCGUAGCUCUCCUGUUGCUCCAGGUUUCUUUAAUCACAGCACUUAAGAACCUGAAAUAUCAUUCACACGUAGGUGCAAAGUGAGAACUACUCCGUUGAACAGCUGUCUCUUCCCUUUGCAGCUUCCACGGGGAGCCCACAUCACCCGCUUUUAUGGAGAGCAUCCAGUGUUUCUCUGCUCUGGCUCCUCCAGUCCGCCCAAACGCCCUCCCUGGCAGGCCCUCCCAGCCUGUGGUUUCCUGCUGCCUGCAUCUGGUCUAGGCUCAGGAGCAGGAGGUGGCCGUCAGGAGGAGCAGGAGAAUGAGCGCUGAGCAUGGACAACAGCAGCAGUCUCGGGGCCGAAGGGGCCGUAGUUCUGGUGAUAAGAAGUCCAGAAGGCGUAGCCGGCGCAAGGAAACCUACUCAAUGUAUAUCUACAAGGUGCUAAAGCAGGUGCACCCAGACAUCGGCAUCUCUUCCAAGGCCAUGAGCAUCAUGAACUCGUUUGUGAAUGAUGUGUUUGAACGGCUGGCUGGCGAGGCUGCCCGGCUGGCCCAGUACUCAGGCCGAACCACACUGACAUCCCGGGAAGUCCAGACGGCAGUGCGUCUGCUGCUGCCUGGGGAGCUGGCCAAGCACGCCGUAUCCGAGGGCACCAAGGCCGUCACCAAGUACACCAGCUCCAAGUGACCCAGGGCCAAACAUGAAUAAAGAGUGAACUGCUCCCG